CCCCAGCCGCUAGCAGCGGCCGCCACGCGUCAGGCCUUCAGCAACGCGUAGGCCCAGGCUAAUAAGCCCUGGCCAUGGCCAAGCCGAGAGUCGCGUCCGUCUCUAAGGGCAUGUCUUUCUCGUUGGGUGACGGGUUGUCUGAGGCGGAGAGGAACGCGGGCGAGCCUGAGAACACCUAUAUUCUGAGACCCGUUUUUCAGCAAAGGUUCAGACCCUCUGUGGUUAAAGAAUGCAUUCAUGCUGUGCUCAAGGAGGAGCUGGUCAACGCUGAAUAUUCUCCAGAUGAAAUGCCUCAGCUCACUAAGCGUUUAUCAGAGACCAUUAAAGAUAAGUUAAAAGAAAUGGGAUUUGAUCGAUAUAAAAUGGUGGUGCAAGUAGUGAUCGGAGAACAAAGAGGAGAAGGAGUAUUCAUGGCUGCCCGAUGUUUCUGGGAUGCCGACACAGACAACUACAUUCAUGAUGUUUUCAUGAACGACAGUUUAUUCUGCGUUGUAGCAGCAUUUGGCUGUUUCUACUACUGACUCUUUGAGAAGCUGGUAAAGAGAUUACCGUGAAGAUAAUUGAACUUUUUUUCUU